AUGGCGCUCAGCCCUCUCCACCCUGUGCAGGUCACUCCCCUGUUCUCGGCGCUGCCCGGGUUCCUGCGGCUGGAGGUGACGGGCAUCAGGGAGGGCAGCGUGGUGCUGCGCUACGAUGCGCUGUUCGCGGCGGAGCAGCUGCCGGGGCCGGGGCUGGACGAGCUCCUGGAGAACGCGCUGGGCUCUGCCCGUGCCCAGCCGGGGCUGGCCGUGGGCACGGCUCCCGUGCUGCGCCACGGGGCUCUGGCGCGGCCGCUGGACCCCUGUGCUCUGCUCUUCGCUUGCCCGGCCGGCUUCGCCUGCGUGCCCAGGACGGACGGGAACGUGACCUGCACCUCGCUCUGCCACCGCGACUACUGCAAGAACCACGGCAUCUGCUCCCACGCCCGGGACCACCAGCCCCGCUGCCAGUGCCCCGUAGGCAGCGAUUUCUGGUUCAUGGGGCUGCGCUGUGACUACCGGGUGACACAGCAGGGCCUGCUGGGCAUGGCAGCCGGGGUCCUGCUCAGCAUCCUCCUCCUGGGCGCCGUCCUCGCUGCCAUCGCCGUCCGCCGGUUCAAGGCGCUGCUGCUGGAGGCCAGGGCGGACCAGACCCGCAGCAGCUAUCGCCGUUUCUGCCGCCUGGACGAUGUCUCAGCCCAGUACUGGUCCCGCUCGGGGCUGCCCUCGGCCAGCUCUCUGGACAACCCAGCCUUCAGCAACUCGGAGGAGCUGCUGCACCUGCAGGUGCUGGACAGCGGCUGCUGCGGCUGCCGGGGGGACUCGGGCAGCACCGGCGCUGCCAAGCGGGGCCCGGUGCCCUGUGCCCACCCGCAGUGCCAGCCCAGGUAG